AGAGAGGAAAUAGUGGAACCACGUGUCUGCACCAGGCAAGGCUGUGCUCUGCGCUGGUCCUGAACUGAUGCAAGUAGGGAGCCGGAAAGCUGCAAUUAACCUGACAGUGACAACAUUAUCGUGAUGAGUUUUAUUGAAUAUGGAGACACGAUAAAAGAAGGGGACACGGCAAUUGUCUUCUUGGGUCAUGAAUCCAUGUUUCCAGUGAAGGUACAACAUGGUGGUAAAACCCAGACUAAGUAUGGUGUUAUUAGACACUCCACUGACCUCAUUGGAAAGCAAUAUGGCUCCAAGGUGACCUGCAGCAAAGGAGGCUGGGUGUACAUCCUUCAUCCGACCCCUGAGCUGUGGACUCUGAACCUACGCCACAGAACUCAGAUCCUGUAUUCAACAGAUAUCUCUUUAAUCACCAUGAUGCUUGAGCUGAAACCAGGAAGUAUAGUGUGUGAAUCAGGAACUGGAAGUGGUUCUCUUUCUCAUGCCAUCAUCAGGACAAUUGCCCCAACAGGGCAUCUGUAUACAGUGGAGUUCCACCAACAGAGAGCUGAAAAAGCCAUAGAGGAGUUUGAAGAACACAAAGUGGGGCAUUUGGUGACUGUCAAGACCCAGGAUGUCUGCAAAAAUGGCUUUGGCAUCACCAACAUUGCAAAUGCAGUGUUUCUGGACAUUCCAUCCCCUUGGGAAGCUGUAGGUCAUGCCAAAUUAGCAUUAAAACAUGAAGGUGGACGCAUCUGCUCCUUUUCCCCCUGCAUCGAACAAGUUCAAAGGACCUGCUUAGCUUUGGAGGAACAUGGCUUUACUGAAAUUAGUACUUCGGAGAUCCUGCUCAGAGUGUACAAUGUUCGAACAAUUAGUUUGCCAAUCCCUGAUUUUGGGAAAGCAGCUGAGGAUAAUUCCAACACUGGGGUUGAUGGAGGCAACCUAUCAAAUGAAGAUGCCUUGCAUCCAAGUCUUCAGCAGGAAACUAUCCAAUUCAAGAGCGGUGUGCCACUUAAGGAAAUGGUGGGUCACACUGGCUACUUGACCUUUGCUACUAAAAACCUAUUUUAAAUACAGGCUAGAGAGGUUUUCUGCUGCCUGCCCUCUGAAUGUAGCUUUCCCAGCUCUUUGCUUCCUGGGCGAUUCCAUAUAUAGUCAGAUUGAUAUUUUGUUUAAAUAGCUACACAGGAACACUAACCAGAGCUGCCUUGGCAAUAUGCUGCUGUUCUGAAACAGUGCUUGGCUAGUCGUCAGGUAGGAAGAUGGAUUAUCAGCUUAUAGGUACAAAGUAAAAGUAACAGGAAUAUGAAUAUGAAUAUAUACAGUGUGUGUGUAGCUUUGUUUUGCUUUCUGACAUUUUUUCCCUCUAAGAGGGUAUGCCAUGAGGAUUUUUUUUCACACCUGAAUAUUUGCUUUAGAAAUAUAUUGUAUUAAUUUUUUUAAAAAAGAAGAAUAUGAGAGAGGCCUAAUGUGGCUUUCAACUAAGGCUGUUAGAAACUACAUCAUGCCAAGUAAACUUAUUUUUUAUUCAUAUCCAAAAAGUGCUUUAGAGUGCACAGGGACAUACACCAAGCUCUUGUCGGCAGUUCCCUAAACCAAAUGCAUAUUUUUCUGGGAACACACAACUGCUUCUGCAUUUGAGCCCAACCCUGUGGAAAGACGAAGCUGCUUUCAGUAAUUAUUGAAGGGGCUGCAACGUGUGCACCCCCUGCACUCCAAAGUACCCGUUGACCUUUGAAUCCAGUGCAGUACAGUCCUGAUACGUGAAGGUGCUGGCUUUGCCACUCACUAGUGAAGAACAGGAGCUUUGAAUAAAGCAUGGAUUCAUUAGAGUCUUUCUGUAUAGAAAUAUGCUGAAAUUGCUAUAAAGGUAGAAUUUGCCAAGCAACAGGUAUUACAUGUGAUUCAAAUGAAUGGGGACAUUCUCUAGAUAUAGGAUAUACUUUUAUACCUACAUGUGCACACACAGCUCAUGAGUGCAGUCAGUUUCCUCAUUUGCUUCACUGGGUGGAUAUCAUUCGGACACACUAUUUCACAUUUGCAGAUGUGUGUCCUUCCAUUGGAAUGAAUAGAGAAGCCCUUUAGAGUGAAGCAACACUGUGGCUCAAUCCAUCCAGGGAUUGAGUGGUUUGUCUGUCUCUGAUUUAACACAGUACAUGAGCCCAAGCCAUUAUGAUUUGUUCAAGAAGCUAUAAUCUGGCUUAUCCUAGCUGUGGGAACCCAGUCUCCAUGUGUAUUGAGUGCCAUCAUGUCAAAGUCAAGGCUGAAGAAUCCUAUUGACAUCCUUUGUAAGCCUGGAGUGCUUUGUUUCAGGUUGUCAUUCUCCAGCUAUAUGGUUUGGAACAUGCCAGUAUAAAUCAUUGGGGCUACCUCUUGGAGUAAGUCACUUAAGGCUUAUCUUUAGACAUACUUUCCAUAAGAGAGCACAGCCACAGCUUUUUCCUAUCAGUAGAAUUCAACACAUUUGCUGAAGACAAGGUAGUCAAAGGGUUCUCUAUCGUUGGAAACCACAGGCGCAGGGUAUCAUGACUGAAUACAGUUGCUGCUUUCUGCCUGCAACAAUACUGUGCAGGAACAUUUGCGUUUCUUCAUCUACUCAUUGUGUGGGUAAAUUCUAAAUACAAAUACAAAUCUCUGUAGUCAUCAAUAAAUGGCUAUGUCUGAAA